AUGAAUCGCGACAAGAGAUUCGAGAGACCGCCGGAAACGCCCCAAGCACAAUUUCAAACCCCGAGCCGACCGACAACUAGGGUCUCCAAGAGUACCACCGCAUCGAAGAGGAUUGCAUCCCCUCGGAUUUUAGGAUCGGUACACCCCCGAAAAAGAGACUCGCUCCCCAAUCCGCGGGUUCAGUCCACUCUCACACAGAUCGACUUUGUGACGCAAACUACACAACUGGACGAUGAGGGGCUUGAAUACCUUGAUAAUUCGGGGCUACCUGCGAAUACCCACGAGCCAUCUAUAAAUGAAGGCUCGGAUGAUAAUUCGCAACAAAGAUCAACAACACGGACCCGACCCACUCCAACAGUAUUCGAAAAAGAUGACGACCAUCCAAAGAGGCGACGGAAAAGUGUGGGGGUGAAUGGGAGGGGGUCGGAACCAAGUCACAGUAUACGCAAGAGUCAGGCAAAACGGAAACCCACAGAAAAGCCGCCCACAAAACGCGACAAGACGCUGACACAAAUGGACUUUGUGCGACGUUAUAUCCCGAUUGAUGAUGAGGACAAUGAUAUGAAUCUGGGAUACAUACAGCCUACAUUCCAGAGAAGUACGCCUAGAACUUUGAAGAAAGAAGUCAAAGUCGAGAGCAUGGACCUAAAGACUCAGCCAUCUCCCACCUCUGCUAGACGCAAUCGCCGAGUUCUAGAAGCAGAACUAGAUCUUUCAACAGGAGAACCCAUAUCAGAUGCGGCAACCAGUCAGGCAGUUGACAGUGGCAACACCACGUAUAAUGGGGAAAUCCGGGGUGGUCCAGUCACACCGCUCAAGCGAAAACUUGAAAUUCAGUCUUCCCAAUCACCAGAAAGCCCAGGGCUUGCCAUCAUAACAUCGUCUCAAUUUCGAAGUGCAACACGUUCGCCGUUGAGACAAAAAGCUCCUGAAUUCGCACGGGAAUCCGAAAAUUCCAUAAAGGAAGAGUCGCCGCAGUCUCAACAAUUAGUCGAAGAUUCACAGGGCCAGUGGCAUGUGUCUCCCGAAAAAACACCAACGGCUGAGUCGCCUAAAGGACUGAUAGCCUCAACUCAACAUCCCACGUUCGGUGAGAGGCUAGCGUCAUGUGCACCACCCUCCCAGUCGACGGCCACACCCAGACAGAUGUCAAAUGAUCAAGAACCGAAACGGACUCAAAGAGAGAGAACGGUUGUAUAUGAGACUGAUGCCGAAACCGACCAAAGCGAGUCGGAGGAUAGCAUCAACGAGGGUCCUACAUCUCCGCCUCGAUUACAUGAAUCACAAAUAUGUGACACAUCUAUCAUUCAGCACGAUCCAUGGUCACAUCUCCCUGACGAUUCGCAAGAACUUCCUUUACCCGGGGUUCAUUCAUCUGACAAUCAAGAUUAUGAGCCAUUGUCUGAAGCCCCAAUGUCAGAUGCUUCAGCAUAUUACCAGAGGCGACAACCUGCUACACAAUUUCCGCAUGAACCCAUUCCAAGACUCAGCACUCAAAGGCUAAGGGAGCUAUUUCCCAACGAAGGCUGUUCGCAACAUCCCAACUCUGGAUCUGCACCGCCACCGACAGGACAAAAGUUUCAUGGCCCUUUCUUGCAAACACAAACGCAACAGUCUCAAGACGGAGAAGAUCCUGAACUUGUGCCAGAAUCAUCCCCCGCACAAGGACAGGAAAACGACACGGAGGAAAGCCAGGUGGUGUUCCAGCGACCCCGUCUUCCAGAGUCUAUUCAAGUUGAAUCUUCCCAAGUUGUUGACCGGGCCAAACCCCGAGCAGGCGGGCUUUUAUCACGGACUCAACUUCUAACUUCGAGUCUAAUGGAAAGUGUUCCUUUGCCGGACUUCUGGAUGGGUAGCCAGGAUAGUGUGGGAGAACCGUAUAGUUUACCUGAUUGA